AUGGGUGAUGGAGAUGGAGAUAGACGAAGGCGUGAGAGUAAAAGGAAUCUGACGGUGUCGAUGAACAGUGUACUAAACUUUGUUGACGUUGCUAUGGUACUGUCUCUAUUGCCAGCAUAUGAAGGAAAAUCAGUUUUAGAGCUGGGAGCAGGUAUUGGAAGAUUUACAGGUGAAUUGGCCAAGAAAGCUGGCCAGCUGCUUGCAGUGGACUUCAUUGAGAGUGCAAUCAAGAAGAAUGAAAGCAUUAAUGGACACCACAAGAAUGUCAAGUUCAUGUGUGCUGAUGUCACAUCCCCAAACUUGCAUAUUUCUGAAGGAUCAAUUGAUUUGAUAUUCUCAAAUUGGUUGCUUAUGUAUCUUUCAGAUAAAGAGGUUGAGAAUCUAGCUGAAAGGAUGAUCAAAUGGUUAAAGGUUGGUGGAUAUAUAUUCUUCAGGGAAUCUUGUUUUCAUCAAUCUGGAGAUUCCAAGAGAAAAUACAACCCAACUCACUACAGGGAACCCAGAUUUUACACGAAGGUAUAUAAAGAGUGCCAUAUGAAUGAUGAAACAGGGGAUUCCUAUGAGCCUUCCCUUGUUGGCUGUAAAUGCAUUGGAGCUUAUGUCAGAAAUAAGAAGAAUCAAAAUCAGAUUUGCUGGAUAUGGAAAAAAGUCAGGUCACAAGAUGAUAAAGGGUUCCAGAGGUUCUUAGACAGUGUGGAGUACAGUCAUAAGGAUAUCUUAAGAUAUGAGCAUGUUUAUGGCCAAGGUUUUGUGAGCACAGGAGGACUUGAAACAACAAAGGAAAUUGUUACAAAGUUGAGACUGAAACCAGGUCAGAAAGUACUGGAUGUUGGUUGUGGUACCGGAGGAGGUGACAUUUACAUGGCUGAAAAUUUUGAUGUUGAUGUUGUUGGGAUUGACCUCUCCAUAAAUAUGAUUUCUCUUGCCAUUGAACGUGUCAUUGGACUCAAAUGCACGGUUGAAUUUGAAUGUGCCAAUUGCACCAAAAAGACAUAUCCCAAGAAUACAUUUGAUGUAAUCUACACUCGUGAUGCCAUGUUACACAUCAAAGAUAAACCGGCACUGUUUGAAUCAUUUUAUAAGUGGUUGAAGCAUGGAGGUACACUUCUAAUUACUGAUUAUUGCAAACGAGCUGGAAGCAUAUCAUUAGAAUGUGAAGAAUACAUUAAAAAAGGAGGAUAUUAUAUCAAUGACAUGGAAGUAUAUUAUCAGAUGCUUAAGAAUGCCGGAUUCGAUGAUGUAAUGGCAGAGGACCAAACAGAAUUGUUCAUGAAAACACUACAACAAGAGCUAAAUGCCAUUGAGAACAAGAAGCAUUAUUUCAUUGAUGAAUUCUCUGAGGUGAGUUCCUUAGGAUGUAUCUAUUAG